AACUCUGGUACCGCUUGAUGACGGUACCCAAGUGAAUUUGAGUCUGUGAAUACUCUGUUUGGUUUACCAUGGAGGAUGUUGCAGUUGCACACAAUGUUCUAUCACUCCUCUCUUCUCCUCACAGGGACUUUCUUAUUCGCAACAACGCUGAUCAGGUUAAAAUUGAGAGCUUGAAGGGAAAGAACAUUGGUUUGUAUUUUUCAGCAUCAUGGUGUGGUCCAUGUAGAAGGUUCACCCCAACUUUGGUGGAGGUGUACGAUGAGACAGUUUCCAAAGGUGAAUUUGAGAUCGUUUUUGUAUCUUCUGAUAGAGAUGAAGAUUCCUUCAACGGUUACUUUUCCAAGAUGCCAUGGCUUGCUAUUCCCUUCUCGGAUUCCGAGACCAUUAGUAGCCUCAAGAAGCUGUUUCAAGUGAGGGGGAUUCCCAGUCUUGUUCUGCUUGAUGAAGCUGGUAAACUUGUCACUAAAACUGGGGUUAUGCUUAUCAAUGAACAUGGGGCUGAAGCAUACCCUUUUACGUCACAAAGGAUCCAUGAGCUCAAGGAUCAAGAACAGGAAGCCAGGAGGAACCAGACCUUAACAUCAAUUUUGGUCUCUCGCUCUCGUGAUUUUCUCAUAUCUUCUGAUGGGAAAAAAGUACUUGUAUCUGAGCUUGAGGGCAAGAUAGUUGGUCUGUAUUUCUACUCUGUUGUAUACAAUGCAUCGGCAAAUUUUACUCCAAAGCUAUUGGAGGUAUACAAGAAGCUGAGGGAAAAGGGUGAGAAGUUUGAGGUUGUGGGAAUACCCUUAGAUAGUGAUGAAGAAUCAUUCAAGAAAGGACUUGAAAGUGUGGCUUGGCUAUCCUUGCCUUUCAAUGACAAGAGCAUUGAUAAGUUGGCAAGGUACUUUGAGCUCUCAGCUCUCCCAACUUUGGUUAUUAUUGGAGAAGAUGGCAAAACUCUUCAUUCCAAUGUUGCUGAGGUUGUUGAGGAGCAUGGUAUUGCUGCAUACCCUUUCACUCCUGACAAGUUUGCUGAGCUCAGUGAGAUCGACAAGGCCAAGGAGGCGUCUCAAACACUCGAGUCAAUUUUGGUGUCUGGAGAACAAGAUUUUGUCAUAGCAAAAGAUGGGGUGAAGGUUCCGGUUUCAGAGCUAGUAGGAAAGACCAUCCUCUUAUACUUCUCAGCCCAUUGGUGUCCUCCAUGCCGCGCAUUCCUUCCAAAACUCAUUGAUGCAUACCAGAAGAUUAAGGAAAAGGACAAUAGUGCAUUAGAGGUAAUUUUCAUCUCAAGUGACCGGGACCAAGACUCCUUUGAGGCAUUCUUUGGAGGAAUGCCAUGGUUGGCGCUUCCCUUUGGAGACUCAAGAAAGGCUUUCUUGAGCCGCAAGUUUAAGGUAUCCGGCAUCCCAAAGCUUGUGGCCAUUGGAUCAAGCGGCAGGACCGUCACAAAAGAGGCCAGGGAUCUCGUUGACCUUCACGGCGCAGAUGCUUAUCCUUUCACUGAGGAGAGGAUUAAGGAGUUAGAGACAGCAGAGGAAGAGAUUGCAAAAGGGUGGCCUCAGAAGUUGAAGCAUGAAUCACAUGAGCAUGAGCUUGUGCUCACGCGCCGCAGGAUAUAUAACUGCGAUGGUUGUGAUGGCCAGGGCCGUGUUUGGUCCUUCUAUUGUGCCGAAUGCGACUUUGAUCUGCAUCCAAAGUGUGCAUUGGAGAACAAAGAAAGCAAACAUGAUGAGGCCAACGAUGAAGACAAGUCUAAACAUGGUUGGGUUUGUGAUGGACAAGUUUGCACUAAAGCUUGAAAUCUCCUUACAUGUUACAUUUUCAGGCCUUUAUUAUAUCUAUAUUAUGUCUUGUGAGUUGUGUGGAAUAAUUUGGAUGCUAUAUAAUAUGAUGUGAAUGUUAAUAAAACUAUGGUUUCAUCUUUUUUGAGUUUUUUCUCCUA